AUGUCACACCGGCAUAGACAAAGAUGUGUCUGUAGUUGGAAGGAAGUCACGGUUCCUGAUGAACAUGUUCGACGGCAGCUGGCGAAACUUCUGUGUUUUCGAAAUAAGAAAGGCCGUGGACGAUGUUUGCAGGCGGCUUUCCCUCAGCUGGGUCUUCCGAAAAUGGCAAGAUUGGAGCCUUCGACAAGAUUACCUGAUGUGGGGUCGUUCGAAUAUCAAGAGUGUCCAUUUGAUUGCAUUUUUUUCGUGGGUGGCCAGCACGCCCGUGUCUUGCACAUGUCUCCUCUGUUACAAAUCCCCGGGGUCACUUUGGCUUCUUGGUCUAUCGACCUCUUGCAUUCCUGGCACUAUGGACCUCUUUCUACAUAUCUGACAUUCGUUCUUCGUGCUUUGUUGUCCACAGAGAUAUACAAACCCGGAAACACAGCGAUUCUGGACAAGGAAGAAAACGACAAAUUGUGUUUGAUGGCACUGAAAGCAGAGCUGUGGGUGUACUACAAGCAAAGACGUGCUAGCGAUCCCGAAUGGAGCAGGAAAGGUUCGGAGGUCUGGAACUUAAGCCUCACGAUGCUUGCCGAGAAAGCAUUGAAGUGCAAAGCUGCCGAGACACAUGGAUUACUUCGCUUUGUUGUUUUGACACUGGACAAAUACAAGACAAUCCUGCAGGGCUGUGAGCAGUCGUCCAUGUUCGAUCUGCUGCUUCGGGCGGGAAAGGCAGCUGAAGCUUUCGAUAAGGUUAUGGCUGAUCACACUCGGGUGCUUCCUGGAAGUGCAUGCGAUGCUUUGCAUGCAAACUAUCAUCGCUUCAUAUGGCUUUGCUCAAGGGCUGGUGUGCCUCUGCUACCGAAAGCACAUCUUAUGUUCCACCUCGUGGCUCAGGCCCGUUUGCGAGGCAAUCCCCGGUGCUACUCAACCUACAUCGAUGAGAGCUACAAUGGUACCAUUGCGAAAGUGUGCCGUUCAGUUCAUAGGCGAAACUGGGCUAUGGCGGUUUACAGGAAGCUGGAAAUGCUCGAGAGCAUGCUUGCUGAAGAGUUCUGA